CGUCGGGACGCCUGCGACGCUUACAACUUAUAUGGUUACCGCGACUACAACCGCCGCCGACUCAGCAAUACUUGGAUACAGUGUUAAACUAAACCCAAUUGAAAGUGAAUUCGGCAAGUGCCUUCAGUUUUCUUCCGUUUUAAAGGUUUCCACUCAAACAAAUAUGCAAGCGGGCUGCGUGGAACGAGUCUUUGUGGACUCGCCUUUGAGCGCAAAAGUAGCGCUCUUCAACAAACAGGCAAACUCACAUCAACAAAAACAAGCGGUUAAUCCGUUCUCCAAUGGCAAAUGCGUUGGUAACAUGGCCAAACCGCAGUUCUCAAAGGACGAAUAUGGCCGCCCUGCAAAAGGCUCACUUUCAGAAAGCAGAGCGUUCAAGGCCACUAUCGAGAUUUGCAAGGAGAUGCUCGAGUGUUGUACGAUAAUCAACGACUACGGUGAGCCCCUCUUCGAUCCCGAGGAGAAACCCGACGACUGCAGGAAAGUGAUUAGUUUCGGCGCCCUGUUUCAAAUCUACACGGUGAUCUCCGACAAAUUGGUGGGAAUGCUGUUGCGCGCCCGCAAGCACAAACUCGUCGACUUCGAAGGUGAAGUCCUCUUCCAACGGCGUGAUGACCACGUGCCUAUUAUUCUCCUGAAGCCAAUGAGUGAGAUCAAGCGCAUCUUUGAGGAGAAAAUCAACAUCGCGCGAGAAGGCCUCAAAGCGAAUGAAGCCGAAAACUGCUGACGUCACGCGCGUCGUCCAUCAUCUAAUUUAAGGCCUCACACCCCCAGACCAAAGACUAUUUAUUUCGUAACGGGAAGCCACACAACAGGGUAGUCAAUAAGUAUUGUCGUUUCUCUCAUCACCAUCGAUCGCAUCACCAGCGAGUCUCAUCCGUAUUUUAUACUUUUCAAACCCCCUAGUUAUGUAAGUUGUAAAUAUAUACAUUUUACGUUCCACCGAAA